AUGAAUCCUAAACGUUAUUUAUGUCUACCUCAAAACGAAUGGGAUCGAUUAAAAGGACAAGCUGCGACCCAAAAACCUGUCGAAGACCCUAAAGAAAAUAUACAACAAAAACUUAUAGAACAAUCACAAGAGUGGAUUAAGACUUGGCCAACUUCCGCACAGGCUCAAGUAGCUAACUACGAAGCAAAGAAAGCAGAGAAACGCCAGCAAGACAUAGACUCUGUAAAAGCAUAUUUAGAGAAGAAAAAAAACAAACAGCGCGUCGACACUGAAGCUAUGCAAAAAGCUAGGCAAAUGAUUUUUAACGACAGUUGUUAUGGCAGAGAACUUUUAAGCGCACUUCGCUAUUCAAGAGAUAGAGAAGAAAGACAAAAGCAAAUAGAAUUGAAACAAUAUAUAAAAGAAGAAGCUGCAAAAUACGAAAAGGUUUUGGACGAUAAAAUAGCUGCAAUGUCGGACAACAUUUACAAUUUUGGUAGCCGAGAUCAGAAACGCGAAGCCGAACUUCGCCACAUGGACGACAAACGGCGCGCACACAAUAAGAUGAUGUCAGAAACAAAGAAAGCACAAAUCAAAGAAGAAGACAGAAAAAAAAAACUUGGAGCUCUUGAAGAUGCGAGAUUGAUGAAACAAUUCUUGGAAUUCGAGGCUCAUGAAACAGAUCAUUGCAAACACGUGAUAGAGGCAGAAAUGGCACAAUUCAAAAAGGAUCAUAGAAAAGCCCGCGAGGAAUCCCGCAAACGGAACGAAUUAGACACUGCGAUUAUGGACGUCUGGAGACGACACGACGACAGGGUUGAGCAUAGGAAAAAGAAAGUAUUGAAGGAGAUGCACCAAGAAAAGCACAAUACUCCAUUGAUGAAAAGUGCUUAUGAAGCUGUCAAAACUGCAAUCGAAAAAGGAGAAAAAGUAUAUAACGACUUCAUCGAUAAAGGAAUCAAACGAUAUGAAGAAAAAUGUUUGAAGAAAGAAGAAAAAGAUAAAAUCGAUGAAAUCAAUAGAAAAGCAAAAUUGUUAGAACUAGCCAAAGAAUAUAAGAACACGGUUAGGGAAUGUGAUAUAUUAGAAAAUUGGAGCAAAGCGGUUUGCGAAAGGUACAGUCUGUUGCCGCAGAAGAAAGCUCAGAAAAAGAUUGACGAGAAAGAUAAAGAAGAACAUCCUCCUUUCCUCAAAGAAUGUACCACACUGCGGGAUGCCCUGAAGAAACGGUCUCAAGAGCCAACCCCAUGGAACGCGUUGGAUUCCUCACAUAAAUACUUCGCUGAACAGGCCGAGGCUGUCCUCGCUGAGUGCAAAUACAAGGAGAUGGCGGAAAAAGUCAUUGCUGAUUACAGAAAAAACAACUGCUUGGAGAAGUUGCCUUCAGCGAAAUAUAAUGAUAGAAAUGAGACCUAUUAUAGUUGUACUUGUACUAAGUAGGUAUAUAUUAAAUAUUGUUGUAUUAAGACAUAGACCAAUAACUCUAGAGCACUGCUAAUCUCCAUACUACGGAUCGUAACUCUGAAAAAGGUCAAAAUUCCGUCUAUCUAGAUAGCGCUGAUCCUGGAAGUAGUUUAUGUAAAUGACCGUGGAUAUCUAUCAAUUCCUCUUUAAUAUGAAAUAUUCCC